UUAUACUUAAUUUUUUUCUUGUCUAUUUCGUUCGGAUUGUUUUUACCUUCCCAUGAUACUGGUUUAAAUGGACUGAAAAAGGCACCAAGAUGGAAUAUGCCGUGGUUAGGCGUGGGACUGUGGUGCAAUGGCUGUCCACCGCUGGGCUGCGAAGACGACGAGGCGAUAAUCCACGGUUACUGCUGUGGAUGUGCUUAUGGCUUGGAUAAGUUACCAGUUAUAUGUCCAGAAUUUCUUCAGUGUCCGUUGAACUUACAUGGGCUGUGUCAUGACUACGAAUAUAUGAUGAGGUGUUGUUGUUAAGUGUCGAGUUUCGAAAAAAUAUUAACGCUAUUGCUAGUGUUGAGCAUCAAAGGUUGUCACAGUCGCGCCCGCUAAUCUUACUCAUGCUUGCUCUUAUCGUAAUAACGUGCUUUAAAUAACACAUAUCGCAACGAAUGCGAAAAAUACAAGUGUCUUUGUUUAUUUGCUUCGGUUUCAAGUCUUAACUACUUAAUCGAACAUAAUCAUUGUCAAACUUGCACCUGCUCCCACACACAAAUGACAGCUAAAACAGACUGGUUCAAAAUUAAAAAAAAAAAAGAACCGAAACUUUAACGUGUACUUAUGUAAAAUAAUAAAAGGAAGAGAAAA